AUGAACAACAAGCUCUCUCUUAUUCAAAGACAGCCCUUAAACCCAGUAGGAGUAUCUAUUUUGUUAAUUAAUGAUUAAAUUAUAUAGAAUAGUGAAGGCAACAAUUCUCAGAAGCUAUCAUCAAUUAGAGCUGAAUCAAUUUCCUAAGAGACUCUGCUCGAUUAUUAGAAUAAAUAAAAACUGAUUCAAGGAAAUCCAAGUGAAAUAAUAUUUAAUCAAAAGUUCAAGGAAAUUAACCUAAGUUACCAUUAGAAUCUUGAAAAUCUUCAAACUAUUGCUAAUGAUGCAGACAAAUAUAAUAAACUUCUAAAUGAAGUGACGAAUAUGCUUGAAGAAGAGGUGAAAUCCAGUCAUGACAAUGCUAUUCUUACCUUGUAAACUGAUUGGAUGGAUACUAUGGAUUCAAUUAUUGAAAAUGCUGUACACAUUAGCGGAAUCAUAAAGGAUGAUUUGAAUUAAUAUUCAAUUUAUAAAUUACUUUCAGUUGUUGGGGAUGUUCACAAAUACUGGUACGGAUUUAGAGACACUUAGAGAUAUCUAACUUCUGAUACUGAUGAAUCAUAGAAUCUAAAAUUUGAUCAUAGAUUUUUCAAAGAUGAACUUAACGCUAGAGAUAGACUUGAAUGCGUUAUAGAAUUUUUGGACCCAGAUUCUGCAUAAAAAGCAAUUGAUUCACUUAACAACUUUACAACUAAUAAAGGCUCAACUCUAGCAAUUGCACCUUUGAGCACAGUUCAGUUUGAGGAUGAAUAGCAGUAGUAGUAAGAUUAGGAUUACCAAGAACUAGAUUUAAAUGGUGAUUAAAAUUAGGAUUAUGAAAGACAGUAGCAAGAUGGGGAGGAGGAAGAUAAUAUGAUUAUAGAUUAAGACAAUGGAAAUGUUGAAAUGAUGAUAGAAGACUAGGAUCAAAAUAAUUAGAUUAUGAUUGAUGAAGAGUCUCCAAAUCAGCAAGCAUAUGACUUUAUUUAAAAUUAGGAUUCUAAUACAAAUGGAAAUAAUUCAAUGGCAAUAGCUGAUCCUACAUCACAGCCAAUUGACAAUGAAUGUAUCGUUUAAAUUGAAAGAAAUGAAGAAAAUCUCUAGUACUUGGAGGAAGCCUACAUUGAAAAAGCAGAACUUCUCAAUGAACCCAUUUGUGAUAGCUCACAGAGCACACCAGCCAUUACUAUUGAGAAUUCAAUAAUCCUUGAUAACCCUAUUCACACAGAAGAUCAUUAAAAGCUCUCUUAGGAGGAUUUGAAAUUAUUUUAUGAGGAGCCUGCUGGUGUAUAGUCAACUUUGAUGGCCACAUAAUUUCUUAAGAAUGCAAGUCAAAUCAAUAAAUCAGAGCUUUAAAAAUCUCUAAGUUUAAGAUAUAUCAAGGGAAUCAAAUUAAAUUUACAAAACUAACCUGAGGAAUAGCUGCUAUAACAUAAAAGAACAAGGAACACUAUCACUGGAAAUCAAUUAAUAAGCUCUGUAAUUGACUUGAAUAUGAUGACAACUGCAAAUUCACUGUAAAAUGAUCGCUAAUUAUUAGCAUCCUUUGACAAAUAAAGGAAAGUAUAGUUCAGCAAUACCUUGAUUUCCAUUAAUAAUGAUAAAAGCGUCAAUCUCAUUCAGGAAAAAGAAAGUCGUAAGCCUUCAUUCCUCCUUGAAAAGUGUAGAAUACAGCAAAUUUUACUAUAAAAUGUUAAAAAAUAAUAGAAAAAUUCAAGAAACGGGAUGAUAACUGAAAAAUCUGAGUUAAAUAAAUCAAAAAAGAAGAUAAUACUAAGAAAAGAAGGAAUUGUAUAAAAUUAGUAGAAUUAAAAUAAAUUGAUUUAAAAUAAAAUGUAAUCCUCUAUGACAUCAUUGGUUGAAAAUGAAAAUAAGCCCACAUAUAGGAUGGGUCCAAAGGUAGAUUAUGGCUAGAAUUAGUCUCCGCAAAAGAUUGGGAAGAAGAUAAGUGUUUUUGACAGAUUACAUAGUGGGUUGAAAAGGCAGGUUCUUGAAUACUCUGACAUCACACUCAAAUUAGGGAAUUAAAAUAUUGAGACUAAUCAGUCAUUAAAGCAAUUGAGCACCAGAAAAUCACCAGAUUAGGCAAUGAUAUCCCCGAAAGCAAAUAAAUAAUCUAAUAUUAACUCCUAGAGAAUGCAAAUGUUUUAAACAUCUCUAAAGAAAAAGCCUUAAGGUACUCCGGCUGGAAAAUUAAGUAUAAUUCAAUAAAAGCAGCAGCAUAGAACAAUGCAAAGUAACCCAAUUACCAGAAACGUCAGCCCUUAGAGAGUAUCCAAGAAUGAAAUGGAAAGAUUAGUUACUAACUAUAGGUCUACUGACAAAGACUCGAUUAAGUAUACAUAGAGUGUACAGAGCAUCGAAAGAAUGAAAAAAGAAAUAUAAUCUGUUUUCUAAAGCCCAUCGAAAUGCUAAAGUCCGAAAAGUAGAUAAAGCUCAAGCCAUAGAGGAGAUAAAAAUGUAGUGAUAAGAUUAAGUCAAGAUAGUUUAGCCAGAAUGCAGAAAAAAUAGUAUUUAUAAUAAUUUUCUGGACUAACUAACGAGGAGAUCUAAGAAAUUAAUCAGAAAAGGAUGCAAUAAGGAUUCAGGAAUCUGAAAUAAAGAUAUUUCACAUCAUAGUCAUCUAAAUCUCUUAAAAAUAACAUUUAUACCGACUCCAACUCAACUUCAAAAUUGGAUGUAAACACUGAUUGUCAGACAAGAACUCGUGGUGACAGUGGCAAUUACUUUAUCUCACAGAAUCAGAUACACUAAUAAUUUGAUAACGAUAUUCUGAUCCCAACUGAAAAAAUCUAGGACUUUUUCUUUAUGGAUGAUGAAGAAGAGUAAGAGUAGUAUGGAUUCUCCAGCAAGAAGGCUAGUAUCGCUAUUUCAGGCAACAUAUUGAAAGAAAAAGCAAAAGAUGAGGAGAUGAUUAAGAGUAAAGAACAGACUUAAGACUCAAAGUUCGAUUCUAUUGAUUUGAUUAAGGGUCUCUUGAAGGCAAUGUAAGUCGCUCAUGCUGACAAGAAUGUUAUUCUUUUUGAAAGAAUAAAGAGUGUCAUCUCAAUUAUGGCUAAAGGAUCUUAGCAAAAGGGAGAUGAGAAUGGUAAAGAUAAAGAUGAAAAUGAAGGUGAUGAGAAUAUCAAGUCCAAUAAGAUCAUUAUGACCGAGAUUAUGAGUCUCCUUCUGAAAUAAAACAAGGAUCAAUAAAUGCAAAAGGCAUACACAGAUACAUUCAUGUUCCUUACAAAAUAUUUUUAUCAGUCUAACUCUCAAAAACUCUAAAAAUUCCUCAUCUUUACUUAUAAAGAGCUACUUAAGACUUUCCUCUCAGGUAGAACUCAAUCUAAUACGAUUAACGUGAAAUUUUUCCAAACUGCCUUUGAGUAAAACCCAACUCUAGGCUGGAAUUUUGUUAAGAUGCUUUUGAAAUGCAUUGUUAGUUUAAAGUAAGGCAAAGACAAAACAGAAGGUUAAGCUGAAAGCAGAAAAGAAUCAGUAUCUGGAGAUGCUUUAAUGGAAAGUGAUGAGAAGAAAAAUAAAAAGAAGGAUAAGAAAAAAAAUAAGAAAGGGGACGAUGAUGAUGAGGCUGAAGGUGAUGGUUCUAGAUCAAACCAUCAAAGAUUAUAAGCAGUAGAACUAUUUGGAUUAUUGAUUAAGGAAAGCUUAAAUCAUGAACUUGCCAGAGAAGCCCUUUAAAAGAAUCUUUAGUUGAUUUCAACAGUCAUAAUUAAGGUGAUCGAAACUUGCGACUCUUGGAAAAACAAGAAGGUAAAGAAAACCUAGCAAGUAGUCAUUCUCUUUGUUAAAGCUGCGAGAACACUACUUAACCCUAAAAAUUAGGAGCCAGUUGACAAAGAGCUAAUAAGAAAGGAAGGCCUACUAAUCAUUAAAGCCAUAGAGAAGGAAUGCGAGAAGGAUAAACAAAUGAGCAACCUAAAAGGCAAAAUCAAGGAAAUUAAGAAUAUUAUAGAUCAUCUCUGA